AUGGGUGAACGAAAUGAAAAAGACAGUAAAACUAGCAAAACUUAUCCAGAAUCACAUGAUCAAGAACCUAAAGGUGAAAAGAAAGCAAUUGUUGAAGUUCCUGCAUAUCACUUUCAACUCUUGAAAGUACUUUUGUUGACCCCUGAAAUAACUAUUCUGGUUUUGAAUGAUGGAUAUAAGAAAAAGAAGAAGCAAAG